AAUCAAGUGGGUCAUGGACCAUGGUGGACCAUCAUCUUCUGCGCAAGAGAGCACCUGAUUCUGCCUACCUAACUGCCCACAGAGCUGACCACUCCUAACGAUGGCACCAGGAGUGUGGGCCUCCCACGCCCUGGCUUCUCGUCAGCAAUGGACUCGCCGCUUGAUCGCAUCAGUGUGGCGAACGCCCCAGCCUCUCCUUCAAGAACAGCUCAGUCUGCGGGGCUUCUCCAGCGUCUGGCUGGACGUUGCGGACGACAUCGGACGCCCUUCUGAUGACAGUGGACGCUCUUCGGACCAGCACCGGACACGCGUUUUGCCCAAGGCUCAGAGGGGGCCUGAAAGUGCGCAUGGGUCAGCAGAGGCGCCAGUGCAUUCAACGCUCAUGGAAGAUGCAAAUCAGCAAGGUUUCUCGGGGGAUAGUGAAGAGCGCGGUGGUAAUGGGCCCUUGUCUCUGACAAACGGCGGGCAUCAAACGGUCCCGCAGAAAGAGGGGUUCACUUUACCGGGGAAAGGAAGAACCCCAAAACUGCCCCUUCAAACAGUGGCCCGUCCUACACAAGGACGGGUGUCGGUACGAGCCGUAACCACCAAGCUUCCUGAAACUGGCUUGGAAACAGCUGCCCCAGAUCUGAAGGCCUGGGCAGCGAGGAGAGUCCUGGGAGACAGGGCCCGGUUUGAGGGGAGGAAGGAGAAUGUGGGAAAAGCACGCCUCCAAGAAAGUCAACAAGGGAUUGCAGGGGAGAGUGUGCCGAGUGGGGACAAGGAGGCGCCAGCAGCUUCAAGAGACCCCAUAAACCAUGAAGGCCCGCCUUCUGCAUACUUCUUGUCGCAACUUGAGGACUUGCUGCUCGGGAAGCGGAAGCGGCAUGACUUCACGAGAGCUGGCUACAGCAUCAAGUUUGAUCGCCCCCUUGACAGUCUGCCAGGGUGCAAGGGAGAACGCGCCACUGACAACACGGUCUUUGCUGAGGAGCCAAAGCUCAUCGCUGCCGCCCAAGCCCUGAACGAGUUCCCCCCAGCCCACCUUCCAGAGAUUGCUUUCGCUGGUCGUUCCAAUGUCGGAAAGUCUUCGCUCAUCAACGCGCUCUCUCGCCGAACGCAUGUCACAAGAGUCUCUGACAAGCCGGGAGAAACGCAGAGCAUCAACUUCUACGGUAUUGGGCCCCGGCUCUCCCUGGUGGACUUACCCGGGUAUGGGUUCGCGUACGCCGCGGAUGAGAAACGAGAAAGCUGGUCGCAACUGGUGGAAGAGUAUCUGCAGACUCGGAAGUCCCUCAAGCGGGUAAUGCUGCUAAUAGACGCACGCCUCCAACUAAAAGCGUCGGACCUCGACGUCAUCGAUAUGCUGGAGAGGAACCGGGUCCGGUACCAGAUUGUUCUGACCAAGGCCGAUAUGGUUUCCACUAAGGACCUGGCCCGGCGAGCGACGGCAGCGCAGCAAGAGGUGGACCGGCGAAGCAGCCACGUCAGCCCGCUGGUCAUGGUGAGCUCCCAAACCGGCGCUGGCGUUUUGAAGCUCCGUGCGGCGCUCUCUGGUCUCGCCGUGAGGCUCUGAUAAACGAUUGAGAUACAUUACUAGUGGUGAUCUCACAGGUUAGUCAUGGCAGAGCUGGACUAUGUUGCACGCAAUUACGCUUCCGCUUUUCUGCAGCCGGUAAUUACGUCGUCAAUCGCAGCACCCUCACCGCGG